GCUUUGUGUUCCAGUCUGAACUUGACGGUCCAGAUCUGAUCUGCACUUGGCAACCCAUCAACUGUCAUUCCCAGGAUCUCGCCCGCGCAUCCUAAGACGUAUGUCGGACCAAGUACAAAACCGUCCGAUGCUGCUCUCCCCGACCGGUUCUGUUUCCUUCUUUUCUCUCACCACCCACUCGCUCAUUCCUGCCUUCAUUUCGCCUUUUUUUUCCGAGUUGAUCUCACUAUCGUUAUAAGUUCUGUGAACUUUAUUACAUUCCAUUCUCUUGCACGUAUUUAAACCGCCAGUCGGUCUUUUAACUCGGAAAACACAUUCCUUGAUUCAACAUGUACGCAAAGACUUUCCUCGUGGCCCUCCUCGCCGCUACCGUCUCGGCUGCCGCCGUCGACAUCAGCGCGCGCCAGAACAACAACAACAAGAACAACAACAACAAGGCCGGUGCCGCUGCCGGAGCCAACGCCGCCGCCGACUUCGGGCAAUGCAACCCGACGAUGGACUUCCAGCUCGGGCGGCCCGGCCGCAAGGCCGACGAGGGCACCUUCCUGCCCGUCGACCCGCUCGUGGCCAAGGGCCAGCAAGACGCGCUCAACCCGGCCAUCAUCGCCAACCGCAUCUGCGACCAGCUGACCAACGUCUGCGAGGCCAACCAGGCCGCCAAGGACCUCUGCACCGCCGCCCAGGGCAAUCUCGGCACCGCCAAGGACCAGUCCACCGCCGACGCCUUCAACGCCGCGCUCGGGUUCUAAGUUAAUUUACCCCUCUGUCGAGAUGGGUGCCCGCUGUCUGGAUUCGGCCGGGGCUGGUUGGGAGGAAGGAGUCUUCGGGAUGGGUUGUAACUAGCUAGGGGCAAGGAGCAUUCAUGGCAAUAUUCCACGGCGUUCAAACAGACUCGGGACCGGCGUUGUCCGGGUCGACGCUACAAGCCAUAUUAGACUUGAUAGAUGGAAGCCAUUGUGAACACACAAAAGCAACGUGAAUAAACAUCGGUAUGGAUAGAGAGG